AGACCACUCUGCAUGGAAACUUGCCGGGAAAUCAAGAUCCGGCCACCGCCGGGGGGAUUUUCCCGGGUGAAUGUAAGGGAGAUGGGAAAGUAGUGGUACACUUUAACUGUCUUGUGAUGAUGCUGACAACAUCGAAGAGAAGAAGCAGAAUCUUGCAGUGAAGUCUGUGAGGAAACUUCCAAAAUUUUUCAAAAACAUUCCGCGUUGUAUUUCUUUUCUUUUUCGUUGAGGUCCCUGCAAUGUCCAACACCGCUGCGGCGGCGGCGGCGGCGGCAGCUGACUCUGUCUCGGCCGACGAGCUCACAGCCAAGGCCGUGCAUAAGCGGUACGAGGGCCUGGUUAUGGUUCGGAACAAGGCCAUAAAGGGGAAGGGAGCCUGGUAUUGGACCCACCUUGAGCCCUUGUUAGUCCACAACACUGACACGGGCCUCCCCAAAGCUGUCAAGCUCCGGUGUUCACUUUGCGACGCGGUUUUCUCCGCCUCCAACCCGUCACGCACAGCUUCCGAGCACCUGAAGCGCGGCACAUGCCCCAACUUCAAUUCUCUUGCCCAACCCAUUUCUUCUGUGUCUCCAUCACCUCCUCCACAAUCAAUAGCACCAAGUCCUAGUAACCGUAAACGGAGCUCUUCUGCUGUUACUGUCAGUGCUUCCGGCGGUGGUCUUUCUGGUUCGGCCUCUGUUUCGGGGGGCUCAUAUCAGGUCGCGCCUCUCACUAUUGUUGAUCCUUCCAGAUUUUGCGCUGAAUUAUCUUACCCGCCGGGGGCGACUACAGUGGUAACGGGGAGUGCAGGGAGUUUUGCGCCGCAGCAUCAUCAUCAUCAUUUGGUGCUGUCUGGAGGGAAGGAGGAUUUAGGGGCUUUGGCAAUGUUGGAGGAUAGUGUAAAGAAGCUAAAAAGCCCCAAAACUUCACCUGGGCCAACAUUGAACAAGAUGCAGAUUGAGUGCGCUUUUGAUUUUCUCGCUGAUUGGGUCUAUGAGUCUUGUGGGUCGGUUUCAUUUUCGAGUCUCGAGCACCCAAAGUUUCGAGCUUUCCUUAAUCAAGUCGGAUUGCCGCCAGUUUCGAGGAAGGAGUUCACCGGGAGUAGAUUAGAUGUCAAGUAUGAGGAAGUGAAGGCUGAAUCGGAGGCGAGGAUUAGGGACGCCAUGUUCUUUCAGAUUGCAUCUGAUGGGUGGAGGAUCAAGAGCUCCGGUACUGGCGAGCAGAAUUUAGUAAAUUUGACAGCGAAUUUGCCUAAUGGGACUAGUUUGUAUAGGAGGGCUGUGUUCCUCAGUGGCUCCGUUCCUUCUAACUACGCGGAGGAGGAAUUCUGGGAGACCAUAACGGGCAUUUGUGGGAAUGCCGUACAGCAAUGUGUAGGGAUCGUUGCUGAUAAGUUUAGUGCCAAGGCAUUGAGGAAUUUGGAGAAUCAGCAUCAUUGGAUGGUUAAUCUUUCUUGUCAAUUUCAGGGGUUUAGUAGUUUGAUCAAGGACUUCAGCAAGGACCUUGCUUUGUUCAAGACUGUGACUGAAAAUUCCUUGAAGCUUGCCAAUUUCGUGAAUAACACUACUCAAAUUCGAAACAGCUUCAAUAAGUAUCUGUUGCAGGAGGGUGGGAGUGCAGGAUUAUUUCACGUGCCCCUUCAUGGUCACGAAAGCUGGAACUGGGAUACUCUCUAUGCAAUGAUGGAUGAUUUAUUGCAAUCGGCUCGGGCACUUCAGCUGGUGUUUGAGGAGACGUAUAAGGUGGUUUCUUUGGAGGAUCCAGCUGCGAGGGAGGUUUUAGAUAUAACUCGAGAUUUGGGGUUCUGGAACGAAUUAGAGGCGGUGCGUUCGUUAGUUAAACUGAUCAAGGAUAUGGCUGAAGAGAUUGAGACAGAAAGGCCAUUAGUUGGGCAGUGUCUGCCUCUUUGGGAUGAGCUUAAGGCCAAAGUUAGAGAUUGGUGCUCAAAAUUUAAUGUUGCAGAAGGUCCCGUGGAGAAGGUGAUCGAAAGGCGGUUCAAGAAGAAUUACCACCCAGCUUGGGCUACUGCUUUCAUACUUGAUCCCAUCUAUUUGAUUAGGGACGCUAGUGGGAAGUACCUUCCACCAUUCAAAUGCUUGACACCCGAGCAAGAAAAGGAUGUUGACAAGCUCAUAACCAGGCUUGUGUCCAGGGAGGAGGCUCAUAUUGCACUAAUGGAACUCAUGAAAUGGAGGACAGAAGGGCUUGAUCCAGUUUAUGCACGAGCUGUGCAGAUGAGGGAGAGAGAUCCAAUCACUGGAAAGAUGAGAAUUGCCAAUCCCCAGAGCAGCAGGCUUGUGUGGGAAACUUAUCUUUCUGAGUUUAAGUCCUUAGGGAAAGUUGCAGUUAGGCUUAUUUUCCUCCACGCAACUUCCUGUGGAUUCAAAUGCAAUUGGUCUUUGUUGAGAUGGGUGGGUACCCAUGGGCACUCGAGGGUAGGCAUGGACAGGGCUCAAAAGUUGAUAUUCAUUGCAGCUCAUUCCAAGCUGGAGAGGCGGGAGUUCUCCAGUGAUGAAGAGAAGGAUGCAGAACUGUUUGCAUUGGCAAACGGUGAGGACGAUGUGCUAAAUGAGGUUCUUGUUGAAACAUCUUCAGUGUAACAUUUUCUUUUCUAAUUUUUGUUACUUGUUUAGAAAUUUAAAAAUUGUAGGAUUUAUUGAAUUCUUUUUAUUAUUUCUCUUCCCCCAUUUUGUACCAAGCUUUUACUCAUUAGAAGAUAUUGGGACAGAAAUAGGGCAUUGAUUGGGAUUUUAUGUUGUGUUUCUACCGCUUCGAGCUUUAUUUUGGACCUCUUGGUUUGCAGAAAAAAUAUCUUCCUGUAUUGUAUAAGAUAGAAAAUGCUGCAUGAAUAGAAGUUAGAGAGGAGGAUGAACAUUGUAGAAUUUUACAAAUUAGCAAAUGAAUUAACCUGAAGCAUUCCUCCCUAUUAACUCCUUUCUUGUGUCAGUAACUCUUUUAAUAAAUUUUUCUUGUAUUCCAGCUCUAUCCUGAUCCUACCUCUUGGUUCAUGUUAUAUAUAAGUUAUGAAUUUUUGUUUUUGUGUGUGUACUGGCAUAGAUCAAAUUUCUUAAUUGAUAUAGACUAGUCCAUUUAUAUUAUUACUUUAAGGCUUAAUAUGCUAUUUUUUCCAUUCUGAGGAAUCUGAGAAAGACAAUUACCCUUUUGGUCUGGAAAAGUUUGUCAUGGUUUUCACUUGUUCCAUUACAAAGUCCAGCUGAACUUUUGAAUUGCCAUGGUGCACAGCUGGUUUUUUUUUUUUUGUUUCAAAGAUUAUUUGCCAUCUCAGUCCUCAGCUCAUGCAGCAACGCAGACAAGAAUAUGAUUUUGUACUAUUUCUAUGUCCAUCUUGGAUAGUGUACUGUUUGAAUUAUGGGAAAAUGAUUUGAGGAAGUUUUGCCUGAAAUGCUUUGACUAUGUUGUGUAUGCUAUACAUGAAUUUGGAUGUUUUGGUGGUCCUUCAUAGAGGUUCUUUCUGCAAACUGAAGUUGGAAUGCAGUGACUCUCAAGGGUAGUUUCGGUUCCCACAACCAAAACAGGUAAUUGCCUGGACCAUGCUGUGUUGAUAGGCACUAGCUAGGUAGAU